UUUUUUUUCUUUUUUUUUUUUUUAAUCCCCGCACCAAGCGCUUAACCUCAUUGGGGUGGAGGAGAAGGCGGCGGCUCUCUGGUCCGCAGCGGCAACAGUAACGAAAAACAGGGCUAUGGAGUCUCAUUCCUGACGUGCAAGCUGGAGUGCAGUUCCGUGAUCUUGGCUCACUGCAACCUCCACCUCCUGGGUCCAAGCGAUUCUCCUUCCUCAGCCUCCCAAGUAGCUGGGAUUACAGAAUGGACUGCUGAAUUAUGAAGUAUUUCAGACCCAAUAGUAGAACAUCACUCUGCCACUCACUCCUUUAUCUCCUACUAGUUAUUUAAAUUGGACUUUUAAUAUCCUACCAGCUGCUCUUCAGACACACAUGGUGCAUUGUUGCCAUUCCCCAGAUUGCAUCUUUGAAACACAGGCUCUUAGUAACCUUCAGCAAACAAAGAGGCAACCUCCCAGAUACGUCUGCUGGGAGGGAGUCAUCGUGACUGCCCUCUAGCUUUUGCUGGAUCUGGAUUUGAAUUCCACUAUGGAGCCUCGCAUGGAGUCCUGCCUGGCGCAGGUGUUGCAGAAGGAUGUGGGGAAACGAUUGCAGGUUGGCCAAGAACUGAUAGACUAUUUCUCAGACAAACAGAAGUCUGCUGACCUUGAGCAUGACCAGACCAUGUUAGAUAAACUUGUGGAUGGACUUGCUACCUCUUGGGUGAACUCUAGCAAUUACAAGGUGGUUCUGCUGGGCAUGGACAUCCUGUCCGCCCUGGUGACCCGGCUGCAGGAUCGGUUCAAGGCGCAGAUCGGCACAGUGCUGCCAAGUCUAAUAGACAGACUAGGAGAUGCUAAAGACUCUGUGAGGGAGCAGGACCAAACUCUGCUGCUAAAGAUCAUGGAUCAAGCUGCUAAUCCCCAGUACGUAUGGGACAGAAUGCUUGGAGGCUUCAAACACAAGAAUUUCCGUACUCGAGAAGGCAUCUGUCUCUGCCUUAUAGCAACACUCAAUGCCUCUGGAGCACAGACUUUAACACUAAGCAAGAUUGUGCCACAUAUAUGCAACUUACUUGGAGAUCCAAACAGCCAGGUUCGAGAUGCAGCAAUAAACAGCUUAGUGGAAAUUUACAGACAUGUAGGAGAACGUGUGAGGGCAGAUCUCAGUAAAAAAGGAUUGCCACAGUCCCGGUUGAAUGUAAUUUUUACAAAAUUUGAUGAAGUCCAGAAAUCUGGAAACAUGAUACAGUCUGCAAAUGAUAAAAAUUUUGACGAUGAAGAUUCUGUGGAUGGUAACAGACCUUCCUCUGCUAGUUCUACAUCAUCCAAGGCUCCACCAAGUUCUCGGAGAAACGUUGGAAUGGGAACCACCCGCCGGCUUGGUUCAUCCACCCUUGGAUCCAAGUCUUCAGCUGCAAAAGAAGGAGCUGGUGCUGUUGAUGAAGAGGAUUUUAUUAAAGCAUUUGAUGAUGUACCUGUAGUACAGAUUUAUUCCAGCCGAGACCUUGAGGAAUCCAUAAACAAAAUUAGGGAAAUAUUAUCUGAUGACAAGCAUGAUUGGGAGCAGAGAGUAAAUGCUCUAAAAAAGAUUAGAUCUUUACUUUUGGCUGGUGCUGCUGAGUAUGAUAACUUCUUUCAACAUUUGCGUCUUUUGGAUGGAGCCUUUAAACUCUCUGCUAAGGACCUGCGGUCUCAGGUAGUGCGGGAGGCUUGUAUCACGUUGGGGCAUCUGUCAUCAGUUCUGGGGAAUAAGUUUGACCAUGGAGCUGAAGCCAUUAUGCCAACUAUCUUUAAUUUAAUUCCAAACAGUGCCAAAAUUAUGGCCACAUCUGGUGUUGUAGCUGUUAGGUUAAUUAUUCGGCACACACACAUCCCUAGGUUAAUACCUGUCAUAACAAGCAACUGUACCUCUAAGUCUGUCGCAGUUAGAAGGCGCUGUUUUGAAUUUUUAGAUUUGCUUUUACAAGAAUGGCAGACACAUUCACUAGAACGACACAUAUCAGUAUUAGCUGAAACAAUAAAGAAGGGAAUACAUGAUGCUGAUUCCGAAGCAAGAAUAGAAGCCAGAAAAUGUUACUGGGGUUUCCACAGUCACUUCAGCAGAGAAGCAGAGCACUUAUACCACACCUUGGAGUCCUCCUACCAGAAAGCCCUGCAGUCCCACCUGAAGAACUCAGACAGCAUAGUGUCUCUGCCUCAGUCAGACCGCUCGUCUUCCAGCUCUCAAGAGAGUCUAAAUCGUCCGCUGUCUGCCAAAAGAAGUCCUACUGGAAGUACCACAUCUAGAGCUUCUACAGUUAGUACCAAAUCUGUGUCAACGACUGGGUCCCUCCAGCGAUCUCGAAGUGAUAUUGAUGUGAACGCAGCAGCCAGUGCCAAAUCCAAAGUCUCCUCAUCUUCUGGCACGACGCCUUUCAGCUCUGCAGCAGCUUUGCCUCCGGGGUCAUACGCAUCCUUAGAGUCCAGACACAUGAGGGAAGACAUGGAGUACAUAGGCCUGGACUCAGGUCGGAUCCGCACAAGACGGCAAAGCUCUGGGGGUGCCACCAACGUCGCCUCUACACCUGAUAACCGGGGCCGCAGUCGCGCUAAAGUGGUUUCACAGUCCCAGCGAUCCAGAUCUGCUAAUCCUGCUGGUGCUGGCAGCCGGUCAAGUUCCCCAGGAAAAUUGUUGGGAAGUGGUUAUGGUGGACUUACUGGGGGCUCCUCACGAGGCCCACCUGUGACACCGUCUUCAGAAAAGCGAAGCAAGAUUCCCAGGAGCCAGGGAUGUAGCCGGGAAACAAGUCCAAACCGAAUAGGAUUAGCACGGAGCAGCCGUAUCCCUCGACCCAGCAUGAGUCAGGGGUGCAGCCGCGAUACCAGCCGUGAGAGCAGCCGAGAUACAAGCCCUGCUCGGGGCUUUCCUCCACUUGCCUCUCGACGUCAUUCCAGGUCCACUAGUGCUCUCUCCACUGCUGAAUCUGUUGGGCAGUCAGAUCGGUUUGGGCUUGGCCAGCCAGGAAGAAUACCUGGUUCUGUGAAUGCCAUGAGAGUUCUGAGCACAAGUACAGAUCUUGAAGCUGCUGUUGCUGAUGCUUUGCUGUUAGGAGACUCCAGGAGCAAGAAGAAGCCUGUGAGGAGGAGAUAUGAGCCGUAUGGGAUGUAUUCUGACGAUGAUGCCAACAGUGAUGCCUCAAGUGUUUGCUCUGAGCGCUCAUAUGGCUCCAGGAAUGGUGGCAUUCCCCAUUAUCUGCGGCAGACUGAGGAUGUAGCAGAAGUUCUCAACCACUGUGCUAGUUCAAACUGGUCAGAAAGGAAAGAAGGGCUUCUGGGCCUGCAGAACUUACUGAAGAGCCAAAGAACACUGAGUCGAGUUGAACUGAAAAGGUUGUGUGAGAUCUUCACUCGGAUGUUUGCUGACCCUCAUAGCAAGGUUUUCAGUAUGUUUUUGGAGACUCUUGUGGAUUUUAUAAUAAUUCAUAAGGAUGAUUUACAAGACUGGCUUUUUGUUCUUCUCACACAAUUACUUAAGAAAAUGGGAGCAGAUUUACUUGGAUCUGUGCAAGCAAAAGUUCAAAAGGCUCUAGAUGUCACAAGGGACUCCUUUCCAUUUGAUCAACAAUUUAACAUUUUGAUGAGAUUUAUUGUGGAUCAAACUCAAACUCCAAACCUCAAGGUCAAAGUUGCAAUCCUGAAAUACAUUGAGUCUCUGGCCAGACAGAUGGAUCCAACAGAUUUUGUAAACUCUAGUGAGACAAGGCUUGCUGUUUCUAGAAUCAUAACCUGGACAACAGAACCAAAGAGUUCAGACGUGAGAAAGGCAGCACAGAUUGUGCUAAUCUCUCUGUUUGAAUUGAAUACUCCUGAAUUUACCAUGUUACUUGGUGCCUUGCCAAAAACAUUCCAGGAUGGUGCCACCAAACUCCUGCACAACCACCUCAAGAAUUCCAGUAACACCAGUGUGGGCUCUCCAAGCAAUACGAUUGGCCGGACGCCCUCCCGACACACCAGCAGCAGGACCAGCCCCCUGACCUCACCCACCAACUGUUCCCAUGGGGGUCUGUCUCCAAGUCGGUUAUGGGGUUGGAGUGCCGACGGGUUAGCGAAGCACCCACCUCCCUUUUCUCAGCCUAACUCCAUCCCCACCGCUCCCUCCCACAAGGCUCUCAGGCGCUCUUACUCUCCCAGCAUGCUGGACUAUGAUACAGAGAACCUGAACUCUGAAGAAAUCUAUAGUUCUCUACGUGGAGUUACAGAAGCCAUUGAAAAGUUUAGUUUUCGAAGCCAAGAAGAUCUGAAUGAGCCAAUUAAACGAGAUGGCAAAAAGGAGUGUGAUAUUGUGUCCCGCGAUGGGGGCGCUGCCUCCCCUGCCACCGAGGGCCGGGGGGGUAGUGAGGUAGAAGGAGGCCGGACAGCUCUGGAUAACAAGACCUCACUACUCAACACCCAGCCUCCACGCGCCUUCCCGGGGCCGCGGGCGCGAGACUACAACCCGUACCCCUACUCAGAUGCCAUCAACACCUACGACAAGACCGCCCUGAAAGAGGCUGUGUUCGAUGACGACAUGGAGCAGCUUCGAGACGUGCCCAUCGACCAUUCUGACCUGGUGGCUGACCUUCUGAAAGAGCUGUCCAACCACAACGAGCGAGUGGAGGAACGGAAGGGAGCCCUGCUGGAGCUGCUCAAGAUCACGCGGGAAGACAGCCUUGGUGUCUGGGAGGAGCACUUCAAGACCAUUCUGCUCCUGCUGCUGGAGACCCUUGGAGACAAAGACCAUUCAAUUCGAGCACUGGCGUUAAGAGUUUUGAGGGAAAUUCUGAGAAAUCAACCAGCAAGAUUUAAAAACUACGCCGAGCUGACGAUUAUGAAGACUCUGGAAGCCCACAAAGACUCCCAUAAGGAGGUGGUGAGAGCGGCUGAGGAGGCUGCGUCCACACUGGCCAGUUCCAUCCACCCGGAGCAGUGCAUCAAGGUGCUCUGCCCCAUCAUCCAGACGGCCGACUACCCCAUCAACCUUGCUGCCAUCAAGAUGCAGACCAAAGUCGUCGAGAGGAUCGCAAAGGAGUCAUUGCUGCAGCUCCUCGUCGACAUCAUCCCAGGCUUGCUGCAGGGUUAUGACAACACCGAAAGUAGUGUGCGUAAGGCCAGCGUGUUUUGCUUAGUGGCAAUUUAUUCCGUAAUCGGAGAAGACCUGAAACCUCACCUUGCACAGCUCACAGGGAGCAAGAUGAAGCUACUAAACUUAUACAUAAAGAGGGCCCAGACCACCAACAGCAACAGCAGCUCCUCCUCCGAUGUCUCCACGCACAGCUAAUGGCAGUACCUGUCUCUUGUGUAGACCUAGAAGCAAUCGGUGGUGCCUCUCAGAGACCUUUCCCCACCCCCUUCAUCGGCUGCCCAGUCAGUACAAGGAGGCCCACAAAUAUUUAUUACAAUCAGUAUUUUGGUCCCUUCCAGCUUUUCUGUAGAAUCUUACUGGUAUUGAAUGUAAAGGAAGCAAGGCCUGUAUUGCAGUCUUCAUACAAAACAAAAGGAAUAAGAACAGAAAAGAGCCAUACUGAAACAUGUCUUGUACAGCCUGCUGAGAUGGCGAAACCCUGUGUGUGGGGUGCAGUUUUUAAAAAUCAGAGCGCUCUAGCCACUACUUGGUAGAAAGUAGCAUUUUUUUUUCAGUUAAUAACAUAUUUGGGGGUGGGGUGGGGUGUUACUUUGUGUUCUUCCUCCUUAGCCUAUUUUCUUGUGCGUAUGGUCUGUGUGGGGCCCCUUUCACAGCUGACGCCACGAAAGGUGAUAUAUCUUUAAGUUGUGUUCUGAGACCUACUAAAAAUGGGAAUCAAGUCUUGGCAAGAACAGUCUGAAGAUGGCCUUUUAACAAACGCUGGGAAUUUUGCUUGUCAUAUCCAGACUGGAGGCCGACUGCCCUGGCUUUCAGCGUAGAAUUGGGAGUGCACCCCGACAGUCUCCUUCCAGCCCUCCCUAAUCGACUCCACCGACAAGGUCCCUACCCCAGAGCUUCCAUGCAAAGGAAUUCUUCAAGUUUAAAUCUGGACACAAAAAUAAGAUAAAUGUAUGGCAUCAUUUAGGGAUGCCUGAGAUGGCAGUUCAUGAAGCACAGAAGAUAAAGAAGUCUUUCAUCUUUACUGCUGAGAUCCUUGGGAACACUGUUGUCAUGGGGGUUCUGCCAAGACCCUCAUCUCUGGGCUACACGGUGAUUCAGAUUGAGCACCAACUUCUUUCCUCCCCUCAAAGUUCUGCCUAAGCCGUUCAGUUCUAACAUUGUCUCAAUUAAUCUGGUAAAUGGCAUCUUUACCAUCUUAGUCCUGACUUCUCAGUUUAAUGUGGGAUUAAGAGCCAAGAAAAGCCUAGAGAGACUGGAUAUCACAAUUUUUUUUUAAUUUUAUAAACUGAAGUAGUUCCUUGAAUGUCUGUUGAUGAAAUAGUCACUGUUUAAGGAAAAAAGUAAUUAUGAGGUGUAGCAGAUUGCAGAAAAACAGGAUUAGAAACACACUUAAAAAGAACACACAUUUAGAGUCUCUCUUCCUCCUCAACGAACCACUAGGCCCCCUUUUUAAAAACACCUUUAGAGCCUAAUUACUCCAAUAAAAGUAACUAGAGGUUUGGAGUCUGGUUAAAUAAAUUCUGAGUAAAAUUCUUAAGCCAAAUGGAAAUUCUUAAUGCAAUCAUGAGGACUUCUAUUGUCUCUUACUGUUGUAUUAGAUCCUAUAAAUUGAACUGAUUUUUCCAUAAGGAAAAUGCUUCUUUUGAGAUUAAUUCUAAUAACGUAUUUGCUAUUCCAGUGCAGAGCCCACUGCAACUGCUAGGACUGAAAGCAGAGGCUGGGUGCCAGAGCACGUGAUUCUUAACAUCAUUUCCACAGACCCCUCUGCCCUGACCCUCUGGAUUGGAUGCAGGAAGCUGGGAAAGACUGAUGUUGAUUUGGAAACAUGCGCUGAAAAUGAAGGCCCCAUAGUGCAUAGGAACAGUAAAGCCAGGGUGCUGACGUGUGUGUGUGUGUGUGUGUGUGUGUGUGUGUGUGGUGUGUGUGUUUGUGCGUGCACCCUACACACAUGUGGUACCUCGCUGCUGCUGUUUAGGGAACUUGAGGGAUGCAUUUCAAGGGGUUGGGUAUUACUGACUAGCUUUGGCUCAGAAUAUAGCAGGACCAGGUCUUUUGUUGAUAAGUACUGUUUGUUUAUUAAUAUGUCAUUAAUGGUAUUUCUUUUUUACACUCUACAAGUGAAUUAGGGAGUCUCUUGUUGACCCCUCUGUUGCAGGAAUGUGUGUCAGGCUAGGUUAUCCUUGAGUUUCUUUAUUCCUAAUGCAGUUAGAAAGACCUUUCUCCUUGAGCUCUUUGACUCCCAGAAGGUCCCCCAGUCCCCAGUGUACUUAGAAAGUAUCUCGAACAUUGCUGGACGUCCUCAUAGUACUCACAAAGGGCUAGCCUUGAAUGUCACUCGCCCAGUCUUCAGUCUCCUGACUUAGACAGAGAUACAAUCACAUCACAGGUCUCUUGGCCUCAAUCUGAAAACUGCUGCCGCCGCGCCGAGGAGACUCGCAUGCCGCCACCACCUCACUGGGAGGGCGCCGAGCCCACCGUCGCCCCCUAGACCCUGACAGCUGCAGCUGCCUUGCCUUGCCGCCGCCUCCCUGCAGGGCCCCUGUUCCAAUGAAAAACAGAACACGAAAGAGCAGAGCACCUAAGCCUGUCUCUGCCUCCCUGUCUACCUGACUGGCCAGGGCCCAAGACCCCUGCUGCUCCACUGCGGGGCUGGGCGGGCUGACUCCCUGCUUCCUCCAAGCUGCUGCCUCCCCUGCAGCCAGGGUCUGGGCAGGGUGCAGCCAGUCCUCGGGGCACGCAGCUUCCUUCAAGUACACUGUGUGUGCUUCCCGGACCUGCGGCGAUGCCACGGGCCUGCCUUUUCUAUGCGCCUCACUAGCUUACCACCCUGUGCAGGUAAUGCAACUGACUUUGUCUCAUCAGUCUUUUUCUUUCCCUGCCACCCUUUAUUUAUCAAGCAUAAUGUUACACUUUAAAGGACAGCAAAUAAGAACUUUGUAGAAUCCCACCAGGACUUUGCUAACAAUAAUGUUUGGAAAUAAAGAAAUGCUCUGAAAAAAUAUCAGCCACCAAAAUAGUUUUGUUGGCACUGUGUUCACACGCAUGGUCCCCACACCCCCAAGUUGGGUGGGUUUUUUUUGUUUUUUUGGGCUUUUUUGGGGGGGCUUUUUCAUGUUACAUCCAUAUCUGUAUUUAUAUCUGAUUUGUUUCACUUUCAAGUGUAUCAUGGCAAAUGUACAGAUUUUUUUUGUUAAUAAUGUGCUAGGAUUUGCUAAAAAAGAAAACAAAAAAAAAAACCCUUUUGAGUUUGCCCUAGAAUAAAUGAGACUUAAUUCAA